CCGAAUGGGAAUGGUCACAGAACAGGCAACUACACAUGCUUCUCACCUCAUGUCAGUAUGUGUUUUUCCCUCGGAGUGUGUGCGCGAGUUUAUCAAAACAAUGCCGGUCAGCCGUCGCAGUAAGGAGGAGCGAGAAAAAAGGCACAUCCAGGACCCAGCAAGCCAGCGUCUCACCUGGAACAAACCUCCCGUCAACGUCCUGGUCAUCAGGAAAAUCAGAGACGAGAGCCUAGCGGAGCCUUUCAAAGAGCUGUGCCGGUUUCUCGUCGAGGAGAAGCAAAUGAUGGUGUACGUGGAGCGGCGGGUGGCUGACGACGGAACGCUUUCCAAAGAUGAGAACUUUGGCUCCAUCCGAAACCAGCUGUGCACCUUUAGAGAGGGCUACGAUGACAUCUCCGACUGCAUCGACCUGAUCAUCUGCCUGGGCGGAGACGGCACGCUGCUCUACGCUUCUUCUCUCUUCCAGGGCAGCGUUCCCCCGGUGAUGGCGUUCCACCUGGGCUCUCUGGGCUUCUUGACGCCCUUUAAAUUUGAGUCGUACAAGACUGAAGUGGACAAAGUCUUUGAAGGGAACGCGGCCAUCACUUUGCGCAGUCGCCUGAAGGUGAAGGUGGUGAAGGAGAUGCUGCUGCCGCAGCAGCGGGAACAGGAUCAGGAACCGGAAAUCAACGGACUGGUUCCUCACCGCUACACGAGCAGCGACGCGGGCAAGGUCACCCUGCAGCUUCAGGUGCUGAAUGAGGUGGUGGUGGACCGCGGGCCUUCAUCCUACCUGUCCAACGUGGACCUGUACUUGGACGGACGUCUCAUCACCUCCGUGCAAGGCGACGGCGUGAUCGUCUCCACGCCGACGGGCAGCACGGCGUACGCGGCGGCGGCGGGGGCGUCCAUGAUCCAUCCCAACGUGCCGGCCAUCAUGGUGACGCCAAUCUGCCCGCAUUCGCUCUCCUUCAGGCCCAUCGUGGUACCCGCCGGAGUGGAGCUCAUGAUCACCUUAUCCCCCGACGCCAGGAAUACGGCCUGGGUGUCGUUCGAUGGCAGGAAGAGACAAGAGAUCCAACAUGGCGACUGCAUCAAGAUCACCACGUCGUGCUACCCCGUGCCGUCCAUCUGCUGCCACGACCUGGUGUACGACUGGUUCGAGAGCCUGGCGCAGUGUCUGCACUGGAACGUGCGCAAGCGGCAGACGCGCCUCACCGAGGCGUCCGACGCGUCAGACACGGAGAACUGAACCCGGUUGGUGCCGCGCACCCCUUUUUCCGCACACCCGCACCCACUCAUGGCAGUUCCUGAGCCAGAUCCCGCACCUGUGACGCUACUCCCAACGGUGUCCCCUUUUUUUACAUUCCACACUGUGUCAAAUUAAGAGAAACAUUUAUGUAUAUAUAUUUGUACAAAUUAUAUUUUAGUUCAUAGUUAUUUAAUGUCAUAUUUAUAUAUUUUCAAAACGUCACACAUCGCCCCGUCGAGCGUUGUUUCCCCAACCUUUCUUGAGCUCAGGCACAUAUUUCACACGAGCAAAAUCUCUCGGCACGCCAGCACACACAACACAUAGCAAGUAUUUACAGUGAUUCGCUACUAAUUGUUGGAUAGGGACCGCUCAAAUAAUUGACACCCCUCCCUAAAGGGAUUUGUAAUUGUUGGCGCCAAAGCACAUAAAACUGAGACGCUCAUAAAGCAUCGACAUCCUGCUUCCAAAGUAUAUAUAUAUAAAAUCAUGAACCAGUGUUACAUAAACUCCUGUAUUCAGUAGUUAAGUUCUGCAGCACAAACAAACCAUCUUCACAUGAGCUUCAUCGGUCGUAUUUGCUGGCACACGUGCCUAAAGGAUUUGCCUGAUGCCAGUUGAGAUGAAAAAUACUAUCAAUGAAUUAAACCUUAAGUAGAUUCCACCAGAUGGCGCCAAAGUAUUACUUCAAUUGCUCCCCCCGGCCCCCAAAAUCGGAAUACAGUAAUUUUGAGAAUUGGCUCCCCCAAAAAACAUGCACAUUUGUCAUUGCAGAACUGUGAAUAUGUGAGAUUCACACCGUAUACACGUUCUUUGUACCUUCUGUUAUCGAGUGG